ACAGUUAACGCUACCCUAUCAGAGUGUGUACCACAAGAAUCACAGGCACGUUAGCACGAUUAUUAUGUUUGUGCUACUUUUUACUCAACAUUUCUUUAACUACAAUUUUCAUAGCCUGCUUCUUAGACUUCUUUCCUCUUUGAUUUACUUUCAUAUCAAACUUGACAUUUUAAUUAAUGACAAUUAACCAAACAAUAAUUAACGUUAUCUGCGGAGUGUGGGCUGCAUUUUAUUUUUACAUAUAUUUAAUAACUUUUAUGUACCUAUUUUGGUAUGUACAACUUGAAUAAAAUUAAUCGAUUUAUCUAAUUUUUACACAAUGUUAAGAUAGUAUUCACCUUUUAUGUCAUAGUACAGUGUUACUGUUUGUUUCUAGAUGUUUGGUAUCAUUAUCAGAAUGAUAAUGCAUAAAAUAUUACUCUAAUAGGCAUACCUGCAGUUUUUCAUAAGUAACUAACAUGGGUAACCAAAAUAGUUGCUGUUGUUAUCGUAGCCCAUCACCUAUCCGCAAAGAUAUUGUGAAACUAGAGGAUUAUCUUCCAGAAGGUGAAGUUAGUUCAAAUAAUAUACAGCAUAUCAGUGAAAGGGAGCCAGAUGAUGGUGAUAUUGAUCCUUCUCAAGAUCCUAUUGCUGGUACUAUUUUUAUGGAGAGAUCAAAAGCUUCUAUUGAAAAUGGUAUCACAAGAAAAAGAAGCCAACAUCAAAUUGCAGAAAAUAAGAUGAAAAAAAGCAGUUCCUGUUCUACAAUUUAUUUAGAUGAUAGCACUGUUUCACAGCCUAACUUAAAAAAUACUGUCAAAUGUGUUGCUCUUGCUAUCUACUACCAUAUAAAAAACAGAACAUCUGAACGUAGGUUAGAUAUAUUUGAUGAAAAGUUGCAUCCUUUAAGCAAGGAUGGGGUCAGUGAUGAUUAUGAUAGGUAUAAUCCUGAACAUAAACAAAUUUAUAAAUUUGUACGAACUCUGUUUAAUGCUGCACAACUAACAGCUGAAUGUGCUAUUAUUACAUUGGUUUAUUUAGAGAGAUUGCUGAUAUGUGCUGAGCUGGAUAUAGCUCCAUCAAACUGGAAAAGAAUAGUAUUGGGAGCAAUCCUACUUGCUAGUAAGGUGUGGGAUGAUCAAGCAGUCUGGAAUGUUGAUUACUGCCAAAUUCUAAAAGAUAUCACAGUGGAGGAUAUGAAUGAGUUAGAGAGGCAAUUCUUAGAAAUGCUUCAGUUUAAUAUAAAUGUACCUUCUAGCGUAUAUGCAAAGUAUUAUUUUGACCUCCGAACAUUAGCUGAAGCCAAUGACUUGGCAUUUCCUAGUGAGCCUCUUAGUAAAGAAAGAGCUCAAAAAUUGGAAGCAAUGUCUAGAGUAAUGGAAGACAAAAUUUCGGCAGAAAUAGUUAAGAAUGGUUUAAAGAAAUGGUCAAGUUUAGACAAUGUCAAUUCUGGUGCUGGAGUAAGGCGCAGCGUUGCCAUACUUUCAUAAGUUAAAAAUUUUACUAUUUUGGAUUUUCAAAAUGUAUAUAUUUUAAUAUUGCACCAGUUUAUAAUUCAAAAUUGUGUAAAACAUUAAUGCUUUUAUACAUCUUGAGAUUGGCUAUUUUAAUUUAUAGCAAUCAUCAAAGAAGACAAGUUGGUAAAGUACUUUUAGACUUCAAUUCUUAAAUAUUAUUUUAUAAUGAGACAGCCAAUAGUUAGGGAUUAAUGAUCUGAUCUCUUCAUAUUUGAGUCAUGAAAUGUUAAUUAUAUUAAUUCUUAGAAUGAAAGACUUGUAAAUUGUGGUCCAAUAUAUUUUGUAUUAUAUCCAUAAACUACAGUAACUUCUUUCUUUUUCUUUAAUAUGCUUCCAGUUGCUUUUAAUUAUUUUUAAGAAGCACUAAAGAUAGAUUGCUUCCAAAGCUAUUUUGCUUAGUAUAUUUAAGAUAUUGUCUAGAAUGUGAAAUUUGUCUUGACUGAACUAAAGUUUUGUGAUUGUGGUAUAAAUGUAUUAGUCACUUCUUUUAAAAAUAUUCUAAUAUUGCAUUUAGAUUGGAAGUAGAAUGUGUAUGAAUCAUGCCAAAUUAUUUUAUAAUCUAAUACAAUUAAGUACGCUUAAUAAUUAAGGGACAUUAAGCAGUUACUAUGUUACUUAUGUUGGCAAUAACUAUAUUUUAUCUGUACAAUAUAGUAUAGGAAUUGAUUUAUAUUAUUAAUACCUACAGUUUUAUUCCAUAUGUAAUUCAGAAUCCAUAAUUAUUGUAUCUUAUUAAGAGGAAUAAACAUUUUAUAUGAGACUUUCAACAUGAUCUUUAUUUGGCUAAAACUAUUAUCAAAGCUUACUAAAAACUUAAGAUUAUAGCAAAUGUUUGCACUUUAUCAGCCUGUAUCUACUUUGUACACAAUAUUUGUUAAAACAAGAUAUGAAUAAGAAUUUAUCUGUAAUAAUAUUAGCACACAUUUUUGCCCUGCAAUUUGCUAUUUUCAAAAAAAUAAAUUAAAUAAUUGAAACAAUAACUUUAUAUAAAAACAAAUAUGUAUUAUCAGUCAUCUCUUAGGUUAGUUCUAUAAUAACAUUCAUAUUAUACUCUUUAGAUUGUGAUGAAGGUCAUUUAUAUUGCAGGCAGAGCUUGGUAAAUAAUAACAAUAUUAACUAUGCUAAAGGUUUUAGGUCUUUUAAAUAAGAACUGUAGUUUUCUAGUAUAUCAACUACAUCACUC